CCACCAUCGAUUUGCAAAAAAUCGCACAAGAAUGCCACUCACUCUAUGCCUUCGGAUUGGUCGUUUUAAAUACCAAAGAUACAGAGGAUAAGGUUGAUAUUUCAUUUAUGGCUGAAAAAUUAUUUCGUGAAGGGAAAAUCACAGCACGAGGCUUCAAUGAUUUUUCAUCGUCGCUUCAAUUCAUGAUGGAAAAUAGACCACCACAAACACCGCAACGACCAGAUAAUGUUACAAUUGUUUUGGAUAGGAAACAACUUCAUAAGAGAGGUGGUGGAACUGUGGAAAAUAGAGCAGCUUUGGUUCACUCAAUUUGUCAUAUGGAAAGUUAUGCAAUUGAUUUAUCCUGGGAUAUUUUGGUGAGAUUUGCCAUUUUGGAGUAUUUACCUGAUGAAUUUCUAGUGGAUUGGUUUGAAGUAGCAAUUGAUGAAUGUAGACAUUUCAGAAUGUUGAAUAAGAGAUUGGCAGAGUUGGAUAGCAAAUAUUACUAUGGAGCUUUUCCAACUCAUGGAGGUUUGUGGGAAUCCUCAAUUCAAACUGAACAUGAUGUCAUGUUGAGAUUGUGCAUUCUGCAUAUGGUUCAUGAAGCCAGAGGAUUGGAUAGAACUCCAACAAAUAUUAAACGUUUGAAAGAUGCCAAAGACAAUGUAUCUGCUGAUGUACUAACCAUAAUAUUGGAAGAGGAGAUUAGUCAUGUUGAAAAGGGUGUAAAAUGGUUCAAAUUCUGUUGUACUCAUUUAGUGAAUGAGGAAAGAAAGCAAAAAGGAUUGGAAUGCUUGACAGAUAUUGAUGAAGAUCUAAUUAUUGAGUAUUUCCACAAGAUGGUUAAGCAAAAUACCAGUUCUGGCGUUUUGAGACCACCAUUCAAUGUUGAGGCUCGUCAUAAGGCUGGUUUCACUGCCAAGUGGUACGAACCACUGGCAAACUCUGAGCCAAUGAAACCAAAACACCAUCAACAGACAACAAUAGAGGAAGAAGAGGAAGAAAUUAUUAAAUGAAUAAUGUUAUUAAAUUACUUCUU